CACAGCAGCGGGGAUCCGCAAAGAGAGAAGCAGGACGCGAGCGCUCCUCAUUUUUAACUACAUACUGAACAAGGCAAGUUUAUUUACCCUGUGGCCAUUCUGUUGCAUGCGUUACAUCGGAAGGCUUCCCAAAUUCUAUGCUCUAAGGAAAUCAAACGGAUCGCCAUGGACGGGUGCGCGCAGAUGUGUAAAUGUUUCCUGAUCCUGUUUAACGUUCUAUUUGCACUGGUGGGCUUCGGUCUGGUGGCUCUGGGAAUGUGGCUUCGGUUCGGUGCAGAGACCCGAGGAUUCUUCGACAUUGACCUGAACACAGCUCAGUUCAACAUCGGAGUGACCGUGCUAGUGGUCACCGGCGUCCUGAUGCUGCUGGUGGCCAUCAUCGGUGACUGUGGAGCCUGCAACAACAGCAAAUCAGCUCUCGCAGUGUUUUCUGGCCUGCUGUCCUUUCUGAUCAUCAUUGAAAUCGCAGCCGGCGUGAUGGCGUUCAUGUGGCACGACCAGGUUUCAGAUGAGUUGGUUAAAUUCUACACCACCAUCUACGCUCAGUAUCUGAACACCAGAAGUCCCGGUCAAGCGGUCACCCUCAAAUUAUUCCACAACGCUUUCGACUGCUGUGGCAUCGGGGGAACGAUUGAGAUGUUUGUGCGAGACACCUGUCCAGACGGCAACUUGCUGAAGCAGCUCACCUAUUCUAGCUGUCCCGGCAUGAUCCACAACGCCUUCAACUCCAACGCUCCACUGGUGCUGGGAGGAUUUCUGGGGAUGGCAGGAAUCAUGACGCUGGCACUGAUCUGCAGCUGUGUUCUCAGAAGACAUGACUCGGUGUCUCAUGCAUCUCCUCCUGCGUACCUGCUCCUCAGCUCUCCACCCGCCGCCGCAGCCGCCGCUCCAGAUGCCCGACUCAUCAUAUAACCCCUCUCUCUUUCUCUCUUUCUCUCUCUCUGCUCGACAGCUGCUGGCGCUCAUCUGCAGCUCUGUGCUCUGUAGUAGCCUCAAGACGUCUUUCUACUCUUCUCCAUCCAUCUACUGAGCCUCCACUCGUCUGUCUGACGGACGGAUGACUUUGGUCAAAGGUCAAGGGAAUCACAUAUGUGUGUCUGAACUGCACCAUUUUAACAUUUCUGUUCAACUCUUCAAUCUAAACUGCAGCAAAUUAAAGUCAAACGGGUUUCUCCUGGCAUCUCCUGUAGUUUGUAAUGCUUUGUUUAAUUUAUCAUGAUACAUGAUAAAGCUCAAUGUCAGGUCUUAUUUUACUGCUUUAAUGUUAGUGAUUUGCAACUCUGUUACUCGCUGUCUGUUACAAUGUUGUCCUGAAUAUUUCAUUCUCUUGCUGUAUGACUGAAAUCUGUAUGUUUUACGUUUAUUUUUUCCAAUGACAUUAAAGAAACAUUCCCAUA